AUCAUUCUGCGCCGUGUCACGUGGCCAUGCGGACGGCAUGGCGGCGUUGCGGCGGUUCCUGGCGCGGCGGCCCUGGGCCGUGCAGGCGCUGACCGCCGGUAAGGGCCCGGCCCGCCCCCCUCUGCACCGCACGACGAGUCCGUGGGCCGGGGGGUGGUGGUGGGGCCUGGGGGAUGGGAGGCGCUGUAUGGGCCUUGGGCCUGAUCGGCCCCGGCGCCUGGGCCUGCAGAGGGCUUUCCCCGUCUGCCGCGCUGGGCUCCGUGUGCCGCUCCUUGGUCCGUUCCGUGUCCUUUGGGGCCCCUCCGUGUCCGGGACGGGCGAUGCCACGAGCCCAGAGGGCCCUCCCCCUCUCCGGGUGGAUCCCCGCAUGUAGCCCGGAGCCCACUGAAACGCACCUCCCCGGAAAGGGGGAGUUGGGGGAUGGGAGCGCCUCCACCCUUUGCUACCCAUCCCCCCUCCCCCCCCCCUUGUUUCCCGUGGGGUGACGGCACCGUCUCUGCUGCCAGCCCCUGCUGAGGGUGGUGCCAAGCGCUGGGGCUGUGCCAGGCCACCUCACCGUUCCCUUUGUUAUUUUUAUCUCCCUUGAUGGAAUUCACUGCCUGGCACCCGCUGUGGGACUGUGCCGCCACGAUGUUCCUCCGUGUCCUGGAGGGGGGCCAGGCAGAGCCGGGGGGGGGGGGGGGGGGGCCUCACACCGGGUACACACUGCAGUUCGAGACUUGCUCUGGGUUCCUCCUCACCAUUGCUUCUCCCCACCAGAGCUGACUUCUGUGGUGUGGGGCAACCCCUGGGCCGACCGUGGGACCGAGCAGCCCUCGGUGCUGAAUGGCAUUGGGUGGCUGAGGAGGGGCUCUGUCCUUGCGCCUGGGCACACUUGAAGGACUGCAGCCCCCCACGCUCCAGCCCUGAGCUCCAGUCCCGCUGUGCAGCUGCAAUGUUCCCCCGACACAGAGCUGCAGCCGGGGCCAGGCCAGGGACAAUUCCUGGCAGCUGCUCGCACUGGGGGCAGCCAGCAGCGGUGAGAGCUGCGGGGCAGCACUUUACCUCCCGCAGGCCGGGCUGGGGGCCAGGAUGCCAGCAGAGCCUGAGUCCGGCAGCAGCAGCACGUGCCCACAACGGUGACCUGGUGGCCUCUGCCUGCAGUGAGCGGCCCCGCAGCCAACGAGGCCCGCGGGGGCUGCCUACACUGUGCCCUACUUAGGCUUGAGUGCGCUCCAGGGCCCUUGGCUGCAGCGCGUGGGAGCAGCAGACUCAGCAAGCAGGGCCUGGGGGAUCAGCUUAGGGCUGGGGGACGCAGCGGUGAGUUCCAGUCCUGGGUUAUGGGUUAGCAUUGGGGUCACCUGACCCUCCUGGGCCACCCCAGCUGCACAGUCUGGCCAUUGCCCGUCAGAGUGGGUGCGCGUGCUGGGGGUUGCAUCUCCCUGUGGGUGAAUUCAGGCUGUGGGGUGCUGGGUGUGCAGUGCUGUGGCUGUGCCUUUAGGCUGGAGUCUGCCCUGUGAGGGGCUGCAGGAGCUGAUGCGGGGGGUGCUCCAAGUUCUCAAGAAGGGGGCAGAAGUGUGGGGGCUGGAGCACUGCCUUGGGAACCAGAGUGCUGGGAGCGAGCAUGGAGCCCGCGAGGGUUGGGGCACAGAGCGCCGAGCCAAGGGAGUUGCGUCGAAGAGGUCGGGAGGGCAGGACGGGGCGGGGGCUGCCAGAGACCUGCUGAGCUGCACCCCACCGAGAGCGUGGGCACGCAGCUCAAUCCUGCACACUGAUAUGGAAACACUGCUCCGAGCUGUGCCAACGGCCAGGAGGAACCGGGAGCGGUCCUGGCACCGAGCGAGGAACGGCACAACUGGGGAUCAGCUGCUCGUGGGGCUCGGGCAGGACCCCCACCCUGUGCCCGCCGCCCUCCUGAGCUCCGUGCUGGUUGCAGGGGCACUGAUGGGAGCCGGUGAUGUGAUCGCACAGCAGCUGGUGGAGCAGCGCGGGCUGCGCGGGCACCACAGCCAACGCACCCUGAAAAUGAUGGCCAUAGGCUUCUGCUUUGUGGGCCCCGUUGUGGGCGGGUGGUACAGGAUCCUGGACCGGCUCAUCCCAGGGGCCACAAAAGCAGUGGCCGUGAAGAAGAUGGUGCUGGAUCAGGGUGCCUUUGCACCGUGUUUUCUCGGCUGCUUCCUCGCCAUCACCGGGGCGGUGAACGGGCUGUCGGUGGAGCAGAACUGGGCCAAGAUCCAGCAGAGCCGGCUGCUGCUGCCGCCCCACUGCUGGGGUGGGGUGAUGACGGCUAUGGGACACAGAGCAGCCACUGCGGGGCCAGACCCAGCUGUGCCGGGCUGUGUGGGGUGGUGUGGUUGCAGGGCUGCUCCCUCCGCUCAUGGCCUCCACCUUCCCCAGGACUACGUGGACGCUCUGCUCACCAACUACUGUAUUUGGCCGCCGGUGCAGAUCGCCAACUUCUACUUCGUCCCUCUGGCCCACAGGUUGGCCGUCGUGCAGUGUGUUGCCAUUGUCUGGAACUGCUACCUGUCCUGGAAAGCAAACAGGCUGUGAGGGGGGAGCCGUGCUCCAGGUGCCCCCACCCACCGCCUCUGGGGCCUCGGCCAGGGAGCGUGUGUGGGGCUGGAGCGCCGUGCGGUCCCCCAUGGGGAUGCCGUGGCAGCGAUGACCCCGUGUGGCCGUGGGACCUCUCUGCCCGUGCUCUGUGCCCUGCCCAGCAUGGGGGGUGCUCCGUCCUUCCCCAGCCUCGCUGCUGGCUCGCACCCCACGUGCGACAGUGCACGACAGUACCUCCACUCGGCCUUGAUUCGGGCCCUUCAGGAGCACCCAAUAAAUGCACCUCUCUGCCGCCCCCGA